AGCCCAGAUUGCUUCGUAUAUAGAAUCCUCAUAGUUCCUCUAGGGUUUUUCCUAACCUUUGAAGUUGAGAACGAGCUUCUUCGCAUCUGUGCAGCUACUGCCGAAACAAGAAGCACCGUUUUACAUCAUCUUCAAUCAGCAACCAUGAUUAUUUCAGAGAAGAAUAGGAGGGAAAUCUCCAAAUACCUCUUCCAAGAGGGAGUUAUGUUUGCAAAGAAGGAUUUCAACUUAGCAAAGCACCCGAACAUCGAUGUCCCGAAUCUUCAAGUAAUUAAGCUUAUGCAGAGCUUUAAAUCCAAGGAGUAUGUUCGUGAAACAUUCGCUUGGAUGCAUUACUACUGGUUCCUUACGAAUGAUGGAAUUGAGUUUUUGAGGACUUAUCUCAAUCUUCCAUCUGAAAUUGUUCCUGCUACCUUGAAGAAAUCUGCUAGGCCUGCUGGUCGCCCACUCGGUGGCCCGCCUGGUGAUCGCCCCAGGGGUCCACUUCGCUUUGAUGGAGAUCGCCCAAGAUUUGGUGACCGUGAAGGUUAUCGUGGAGGUCCUCGAGGAGGCGGUGGUGAUUUUGCCGGUGAAAAGGGAGGAGCUCCUGCAGAUUUCCAGCCAUCCUUUAGGGGUUCUGCUGGUGGAAGGCCUGGAUUUGGUCGUGGAGGUGGAGGCUAUGGUUCAUCAUCUCAAACUCAAACAAGUCCUCCUGCCUUACCUUGAAGAUUUAAUUGAGUUAAUGAUGUUCAUGUUUUUUAUUCAAACUUAGUUCUAAGUUGCAAGUUGUUUGUCGUCCCUAUGCAACUCUAGGGUUUUGUAAGCCUCCAAUAGUACUGAGCUUGAUUUAUGAAUGAGAGAUUUAUUGAUAACAUUAUUAAAGGUUUUCCAGUUAUAUAAUUUGUUUUGUAGUUUUAUUUAA